AUGUUCCCGUCCCGGCCGCCGGUGAAGCUCCCAACACCCUCAACACCUCCGGCCUGCAAUCGCUUUCGUGACCAGACUCUCAAACUCGAACAAAUUGAAACCUCCGGACUUUGCGCGCCUCUCCGUGGUGGUGGGCUCUUGGUUGAUCCUGCUCGUUUCGAAAGCUUCCGCGGCGAGUUGCGACACCGGUUGAAGAUCUCCAUCCGCAACACCUCCACCAAACUUCCAAACCCCUCCAGGUUCCUUUUAUACACAAUGGCAGCCCGGAUCACAGUCGGCCAAGUUCCGGCCAUGUUUGCUCGUCGUCAGCCCAAGGUUUUCGGUAUCAGCAAGCGCUUCCAAUCUACCGCUCCCACAACCCAGAACCCCGCCUAUCCGCUCUACCCCUCGGUCGCCCAGCUACUCCGUGAAAAGGGCAUCUCCAAGGACGAUGUCUCCAAGAUCCCAGCAUCCGGACCCAAGGGCCGUCUUCUCAAGGGUGAUGUCCUCGCCUACCUCGGGCAGAUCGCGUCGGACUACCCAUCAACUCAGGCCGCAACCCUGGCCAAGCUCGCCCACCUCGACCUGAGCAACAUCAAGAUCGCCCCGGCCCCUGCACCAGCCGCGCCAGCCCCAGUAGAGAAGGAAGUCGUCGCCGCGUCCCCUCCCAUGGCUUCAGUCGCUAUCUCCAUCUCCCUAGCAGCCGUGCUCUCCGCCCAGAAGAAGAUCCAGGACAACCUGGGCGUCACAGUCCCUCUGUCCCGCUUCCUUGCCGCGGCCACCGACCUCGCCAACGACGAACUCCCCCGCGUUGGCUCCAACCGCUCCGCUGAUGAGCUCUUCGAUGAACUUCUCGGUGCUGAGCCUAUCAACACCUCUCGCGGUGACUACAUCCCCGAGCUGAAUGCCUUCGAGGCUCCCAAGACUCUCUCCCAGCCCAAGCCUGUCGAGGAGGAUCUGAUUGACUUCCUCAGCGCUAAUUCUGUUAAGAAGUCCGCCCCCUCAGCUCCCGUUGAGCGUUUGACCGAGGCUGCUGCCAAUGUCUUCAGCCUGACCGUUCCGGCUGGUGAGGAGGUGCGCGCCAAGGCAUUCUUGGAGCGCAUCAAGUCUCUUCUCUCAGUGGAGCCUGCCCGCUUGGUUCUAUAGAUUUGUGUUUAUUAUUUAAAUCCCCCCUUUUCGAGCUUUUUCGUUUGUUGUUCGUCAUCUGGGCCCCUAAAAAUGGGCCAGGGCUCAUCCAUGAAUGUAUUCAGUGUAGCAUAGUUAAUCGGAUAUUGACUUGGAUUUACAUUACUU